AUGCCUAUUAAGUUUGAACUAAAUUCUACUCAUUGAAUAAAAUGAAGUCAAUUAUCGAAAUGAUAUUUUGGACAGCAUGCUUUUUACACAUUACCGCACCGAUAGAAACAGCAAAAAUCUUGGCAAUUAUUGCAAUACCAUCCUACAGUCAUCAAAUUCCUUAUCGACCAGUAUGGAUUACUCUGAGUCAAAAAGGGCACGAAGUUGUCGUUAUAACAACGGAUCCAAUCAAUAAUCCUAGUUUGAUAAAUUUGACAGAAAUCAACUUUCAAUCCAACUAUAAGAUAUUCAGACGAAUAAAUUUCGUCAAAAACUUGGAGACCCAUCAGUGGCUAAGUACAUUGCGCAUACAAAUAUGGCCUCAAUUUCAAGAAAUAGUAGAAAACAUUUAUAAGCAUCCAAAAGUACGUAAAAUGUACGCACCGGAUAGUAACCAAAAAUUCGACGUAGUAAUUGUAGAAACUUUAGUAACACCUGGCUUAUAUGCUUUGGCGCAUAGAUUUAAUGCACCUCUUAUAGGCGUAUCAACAUUUGGAUUGCUUAGCAGUAAUUAUUACUUACGCGGUGCACCUAUUCUGUCAUCACAUCCUUCGACUUGGGAAAUAGAAGAUGACACUGGUUUUAAUCUGUCGUUGUGGCAAAGAAUAAAGAAUUUUAUUCGUCAAUGGCAUUAUAUAUAUUACGUAUUAAAUCAUUUUUAUCCUGGUCAGCAAGCGAUAGCAGAAAAAUAUCUCGGAAAAAAUAUACCGGACGUGAGAGAUAUGGAAAAAAACAUGAGUUUUGUUUUUCACAAUCAACAAGAAGUUCUUUCGUUUGUUAGACCGACAACAUAUAAUGUUUUAGCAUUUGGAAAUUUUCAUAUUUCAGAAAAACCCGCAACUUUACCAGAAAACUUGAAAAAAUUUAUAACAAAUUCAUCGAAUGGAUUUAUUUAUAUGAGUCUUGGCACAAAUGUCAUGAUGUCAUCAUUCUCGGAGCAUGUGCAAGAUGUAUUUCGAGAUGUAUUUGCAAGCUUGCCAUACAAAGUUCUAUGGAAACAUGACAACGAAUUAUCAAAUAAACCUGAUAACGUUUACAUCGCUAAAUGGUUUCCUCAACAAAGUGUUCUUGCUCACCCAAAUAUUAGAUUAUUCAUAUAUCAAGGUGGACUUCAAAGUACGGAAGAAGCUGUUUAUUAUACAGUGCCACUUUUAGGAUUACCGAUAUUAGCCGAUCAAUAUGUUCAGGUUAAUAAAAUGGUAUCUUUAGGAGUUGCAAAACGUUUAAAUAUUCUGAAAAUAUCGAAAGAAAAUCUAAUCGCAUCUAUAACAGAUAUUUUAAGCGAUAAAAGGUAUAAAGAAAAAAUGCUCAAAAUUAAAACAUUAAAUGAAGAUAAACCUUACGAUCUUUUGGAACAUGUAAUUUGGUGGAUUGAAUUUGCCAUUCGUCAUAAAGGUGCUUCUCAUUUUUAUACUAGUAUCGCUCAUGAUCCUUGGUAUCAGAAAUACGAAAUGGACGUUGUAGCAAUUUUAUCAGUUGUUAUAUUUGUAAUGCUACUAUGUACAUUAGUAAUUAUUUAUAAAUUAUUAAAAGUGGUGUUUAAUCUUACGAAAAUGCUAGUUACUAAGAAAAAGAUUAAUUAACUUGAUAUAUGUAUAUAGCUGGAUAUAUUGACUAUACUUUGAUAUAAUGACUACUAUAUACUUUUGUUGUUGUCACACACAUAAGACGUCGUAGUUAUAUUAUUUAUAAAAAUCGUAAAUCAUUGUGUUUAAUAUUUAUACGUACAUUUUGUUAGAGUUAAAGGUAAAAAAUGAUACAUAUUAUAUUGUACUAUAUGAAAUUUGGAGUUUUGUAUAUUUUAGUUUUGUAGAGCGUCCUAAACUUGAGUUUUAUUUUCUAUUUAUUUUAUCUUUUCUCUUAAUGCGUAUAUUUUGGGACUUUCUUUGUACUAACUUAUGACGUAUAUAAUAAAGUGUAUUUGUUCACUG